CACAAUAGCAGACGGACCAGCCUGGGACAGCUUUUCCUGUGAUAACAUCGAUAUAACCAUCAAAACUUCUCCGGGAUUAUCUGCCUUUGAACGAUUAUAUUAUCUUAUUGCAAUGUAAUAUCUGGGGACACAUAUAAUGGAAGAAUAUAGUUCUGAAGUAAAUGGUCCGUCUCUCUCCCUCUCCUGUCUGCUUCUGCUGGUUCCGCCGAUCUGAGUGUUCUCUAAUACACUACGUUGUUACAGCAGCGUAUUAAAUACUAUAAGAUAUAGUAUGGAGAGAGCGUCUUAGUAAUUGAAAUGUACCUACUAAUGAAAUUAUAACAAAUAUUUUGGUUGUAAACAGGUUAGGGUUGGUACAUUGUCGAAAAGCCGGAACCUUGGCACAGGGACGUUUGAGCCUUUCGGACUGAAUGGAGCCCACAGCAUCCUUGCUUGAAACCGACCUCUAACUUGCUCUCGAGUUGGAGCAGCGUGCAUCUUAUUCUUGACCUUCGCCUCCAAUAAGACGGGGAAAGAUAGCAGAUAGCGAUGAGCAAAACCAACUAAAAAUGACAGGAAGAAAAAGGAGCGCUGUGUGGACUCAUUUUAGUCAAACAACUGAAGGUCCAAUAGGCAGCUGUAAUAUUUGUAAGGCAAAUAUUUCAUUUAGAGGAGGGUCCACUGCCAAUUUGCACCGGCACCUCAGGACAAGGCACCCUUGGGUCCGGCUUUGCGAGGUGAGGGGAGAGGAAGAGGCACUGUCUGAGGCACACCCCGGAUCAUCACAUUCCCAAACGACUUCGGGGGACUCCAGGGGCAGAGGCCAGGCUAUUGGGCAAACUAGGCUGAACCAGUUCCUGUCCCGGCCGAUGACACCGCAGCGGCAGGAAACCCUGGACGAACAACUAGGUCCCCCUCUCCCCUUCGCCUCUCUGCGCCUCCUGCUCUCCCCUGUCCGGCUGGUGUCCGGGGCCAUCUGGCACACAGUCCAGCAUCACGUUGUGUCAGAUUAUGGGAUGCUUGAGGAGUUUGUUUCAAUGGUCACAGACCUUGUUCCUGAGCUACUCUCCACUGAACAAAAGACCCAGCUUCUUCUGGGACUACGCGCACGGAAUGGUAUCCCUGGAGAGUUUGGCUGCAGCUAUGAUGAUCAGGCCCUGGUCAACGUAACAUGGCAAUUUCUGUCCAGACUGGAAAAGCUUUUCCCUCUGCAGACCAUCCAACAGGUUGCCCUCAUGCUCGCCGACAUUCCCUCUGCUCUCGAAGAGUGUUUGAAGUCAGUCUCUCACCGCGGCGAGCUCCAAACUCUUCUUGGUUGUCGGAAAGGACUUCUGGAUAAGAAUGGUUGUCCCCUUGAUGGUGCACGUGAAACCUCAGCUCUGCACCUCUGUGUCGGGGAUCGGAUCAAAGCAGAGAAGGGGCAUCAGGCCCGUUCUCUGCCUGAUGUCCACAGAUGCGGCUCACAGAUAGAAGGACCACAUGCAAGCACUGCAGUUGCAAUGUCGGAGGACAUGGAGGCAGCCGUGGAAAAGGAGGCAGUAGAAGGGAUGAGCAGUCAGGAAUUUAUGGAUGCUUUUGGAAAAGAUUGCCUCGUACUGUUGAAAAGGCUUGAGGACGUUCCAGCUGUGCAACGCAGAGCUGUGAGGUCAAACAGAGGGUUGGAAAGGAUUUUGUUACAAGGGAAGAACCACCGAAGGAAAAUGACGUCCAAACAAGUCCUGCCCAGAACACAAAGAUUAAUCCCGGAUCCCAGUAAACGGAUCUCCAUCGACCCGUUCCCUUCUGUUACUUAUAUAGUCGUGGCUGAUGAGGACGUUGAUUCAGUGCGCUCCCUCGAUGUCUCCUCCGACGUCUCCUACGUUGUGCCUGUUGGAAGUGACAGUGGGGAGGAUUCUUUGUCUGAUUGUUCAAACACAGACCGUUCCUUCGUCAAGCUGGCAUCCCCCAAGGAAGGCAAGAAACCUUUAGUCAACCGCAAAAAGCUCGACACAGAAAAAAUCUGUCUUUCUGUGCCAAAUUCAACCUCGACGACUAAAGGCCUUUGUUUAAUUUGCAACAAGCAUGUGCAGACGGACAUGAAGGAACACAUGACAGCACAUUUUCCUGACGGGGUCUUAACCUGUCCACGAUGCGACAUGGUUUGCAAAAACAUGCAUUCCUUAAAGCUACAUUUUAAAAGGGUUUGCUUCGAUCAGCUGCAGAUAGAACCGGACGAGGUCGCCCUGGCUCUCUAUCAGUGCGAUGGAUGUGAAAAAUCUUUUAAAUACAGAAUACAGUUAAACAAGCACAAACUUGUCCACAGCCAGCUCUACUGUGAGAUAUGUGAGAGAGUCGUGCGAGACGCCGAAACCUUGGCACGACACAAGGUGUCUCACAAGCCUUUUCAGUGCACCCUUUGUGAGAAGAACUUCGGUAUCUUUAAGCAUUUGGCCAGUCACUGCAAGAAUGUACACCAGUUGAGCAAACCCUACGAAUGCCACCACUGUCCGAAAGUUUUCUCCAAAUUCAAUAUUUUUAUUGGACACGAGUGGCAACACACAGGCCAACUCCCUUUCCAGUGUUCCCAGUGCUCCAUGACCUUCAAACAAGAUGCAGAGCUUGCUAUCCAUCUACGGGUGCACACGCACGAGAAACCCUUCCUUUGCAAGGACUGCGGUAAGCGCUACGCCUGCAACUCAAACCUGACGCGGCACAGCAGGAUGGUUCACAAUGAGUCCUCGAAAGUGAAGCGGUUCUUAGGCUUUCGGAGGAGUAAAGAGGGUGCACGUCAGAAGCCUCAUCAGAAGAAACGCCAGAUGAGGCAGACCCCCGGUCCAUGCAAGUACUGUGGAACGGUGUUGCACAGCAGCAGGCUCUGUCCACAGAUGUCACUAUCUGACAAUCAGUCCAGUCUUCCGCAUGAAAUGGAAGCAAAGGAUGGAUCAAAUAUUGAAAAACAUCACGGCGAAUUAGUCAGCUUGCUCCAGGCCCCUUCUCAUGUAGCUCCCAGCCAAGAAAACUUUUUGUCCAGUUCCUCAACUGAUCGUUCCUCUGUUGCCCUUUAUGAUCACGAUGAGGGCUCGGUGGCAUUGAAAGAGCAGGAUGCGCCACUAGGGAAAAUUCCUGCUGCAAAUAAGACCAAUUCCUCAACCCAAAGAAGGCUAUGUUUCCUCUGCAAGAAACAUGUGCAGCUGGAUAUAAAGGAACACAUGAAAACCCAUUUCCCUGAUGGUGUCUUAACCUGUCCGCGAUGUGACGCAUUGUUCAAGAGCAUGGGUUCUUUGAGGAUGCACUUUAAGAGAGUUUGCGUCGAACAGCUGCAGAUAGAGCCAGGCGAGGACCGAGUUGGCCAUGGUCUGUUUAAGUGUGAUCAAUGUGAAAAGUCUUACAGGUACAAGUUGGCAUUAGACGGGCACAAGCGCACUCACAACCAGCUCUACUGUGAGGUGUGCAGGAGAGUCUUACGAGACGCCGAAACCCUGGCACGACACAAGGUGUCUCACACGCCUUUUCAGUGCACCCUUUGUGAGAAAGACUUUGGGAAUUUUAAGCAGUUGUCCAGGCACUAUGAGAGCACUCACAAGCUGAGCAAACCCUACAAAUGCCACCACUGUCCGAAAGUUUUUUCCAAGCUGGGUUUCUAUAUUCGACACGAGUGGAAACACACAGGCCAACUCCCAUUCCAGUGCUCGCAUUGCGCCAUGAAGUUCAAACAGGACACAGACCUGGCGGGUCAUCUACGGGUACACACGCACGAGAAGCCUUACCUGUGCACCGACUGCGGCAAGACCUUUUCCAGCAGCUCCAACCUGUGUCGUCACGUCAAAUUCCGGCACAGUGAGUCCAGGGAAAUUCGGCGCUUUACAUGCACCCAGUGCAGCAAGACCUUCAAAGAGAAGGGAGCCCUGCAGAAGCACGAGCAGCGCAAACACCAGAAUCACAAGAAGGUGCGCCACCCUUGCACCUACUGCGGAAAGAUGUUCUCCCAGUCCUGGAUGGCGGGGCACCAAAUGAUCCACACGGGGGAGAAGCCUUUGAAGUGCCACAUUCUGGGCUGCGACCAGCGCUUCCGGUCGACCUCCGGGCUGAAGAAUCACUCACUGCUCCAUCACACCGCGGAACGCCCGUUUGAGUGCAACACCUGCGGGAAGGGUUUCAUACGGGCCUCGAUCCUCAAACAACACAUGGAAAUCCACACAGGAGAGAAGAACCAUGUUUGUUUAGUCUGUGGCAAAGCGUUUCGGAAGGCCUACAGUAUGGCCAGACACGUAAAGCUAGUGCACUCACCCAGGUAACCGAGGACUUCUAGUUCUUCUUGUACUUAAAGAUGAGAUUACAUUUCUUUUGCAAAACAUGAUCAACGGCCAUGUUUACACAGGAUAUGAAUGCAUGCAUUAAAAAUCUGCCAUCAUCCACACACACAACAAACAUCUUCUAAAUGACAAUAGAAAUGCGAAACUCUUCUCACCUAAGUUAUUUUUAAGUCAGUAUUGAGUUUGUUGCCUAUAUCUUUUAAAAAUAUAAAUUAGAUAAAUUGUAGGUAAUCUGGCAGUGUUUUAUUUGAAAUAAAUAUUUCAUGCAGA